AUGUCUGAUAAUCCCUCCUUUGUCUUGCGCGGCGUUGAAGAUGUUGUCUACGAGCAGAGACCUAUUCCUGAGAUUGCUGACGACGAGGUACUCGUCGCGGUGAAAAAGACCGGUAUCUGCGGUUCCGAUGUCCACUAUCUCGUGGAGGGACGCAUCGCGCAAUUCGUCGUGGAGAAGCCCAUGGUGCUCGGGCAUGAAUCCUCCGGCAUUGUGUCGAAAGUCGGUAGAAAGGUAAAGUCGUUGAAAGUUGGUGACCGUGUCGCAAUGGAACCAGGUGCAACUUGUCGUACGUGCGACGCUUGCAAGAGUGGCCGUUACGAGCUGUGCGCCGAUAUUGUCUUCGCUGCUACUCCACCCUACGAUGGUACUUUGGCGCGAUUCUAUCCUAUUCCUUCAGAUCUCUGCUAUAAGCUCCCCGAUCACCUUACUUUGGAGGAGGGUGCUAUGAUGGAGCCUCUUUCAGUUGCUGUUCACGCGGUUGCUAACAUCGCCGGCCUCCGCUCCAACCAGUCAGUCGCGGUCUUUGGCGCUGGUCCCGUUGGUCUGCUGUGUAUGGCAGUCGCAAAAGCACUUGGCGCGCGUCGUGUCAUUGCAAUCGAUAUCGUUCCCGCACGACUCGAGUUCGCAAAGGGUUUCGCUGCGACGGAAACAUUUGUCCCUCCCAAGAUGGAGCCCGGCGAGGCGCGUAUGCGGUAUUCGGAGCGAAACGCGAAGAAGAUGACGGAGGACCUCGGGAUUGAGGAGCGCGGGCCGAAUUCGAUCGACCUCGUUGUGGAUGCGAGCGGUGCUGAAGUGUCGAUUCAAACUGGAAUUAUCAUCGCUAAGAUGGGAGGUACAUUUGUUCAACUCGGCAUGGGCAGCCCAGAGAUCGUCAUCCCUGUCACGACGCUCCUCACGAAGGAGAUCGACUUUAAGGGUUCAUUCCGAUACGGACCUGGAGACUACGCUCUCUCUGUUGCUCUUGCAGGCUCUGGCAAGAUUGAUCUGAAGUCCAUCAUCACCCACAGAUUCUCUUUUGAUCAAGCGAUUGAGGCAUUCCAGACAACAAGGGCAGGCAAGAGUCCUGAUGGCAAGGCAGUCAUCAAGGCAGUCAUCUCGGGUCCUGACGUGUCGCUUAGUGACCUCUGA